CCUAACGUGGUACUGUAUUCCUCGAGACUCACCGCUGGGGCAUAUUCCCCGGUCUAUCGCGGUAGGAAGACGCUGCAGAUAAACCCAUGCCGUUACCAUUACUAGCGGUGUGGGAGAGUUAACUCGUCGUCUGGCAGACACCGCAGAAACGUGUUUCUGGAUUUUGGAUUUUUUUUUUUCGAGGGGGAAGCAUUUUUUUGUACCUUUUAACUCCCGUCUGUGAUAUUCUUCAACACGGAAUCUGCUGGGCCCUCAAAGCGUGUUUGAUUUGUGCCUCGAGGAUAUCCAGGAUACAUGCCCUUUUCAUUCGCAUAAUGGGAGAUUGUCCGGUUCGUUGUUAUGCAUAUGUUAUAACGCCGUGAUUUCAAUUUGUGUUUCUUGCCGUGGAUUGCAAAAUUGGAAUUUCUCUCCCAGGCGACUCAGCGAAAAGGGAAGUAGAGACAGCGUGAGAGAGAGAGAGGGAGAGAGUGGGGAUAAAGACACUGCCACCUCGCUGGAUCACACCACGGGAUUUAAAUAAUUGCAUGUUCUAAAAAAAGGAUAUACAUGUGGCUGCUAUUCGGUGUUUAACCGAACCAAUCCGGUUUGCAGGAUGAGUAAAGACAGACCCAAAAGGAACAUCAUACAGAAGAAAUACGACGACAGUGACGGAAUCCCGUGGUUAGAGGAACGCGAGGUGAGGAAGGUGCUCUACCUUUCUCUGAAGGAGUUUAAGAACACCCAGAGGAACAAGGUGACAGAUGGCCUCGGCACAGGAAACAUCAACGGCUCUUUCCCACACAGCCAUGGCUGCCGGUCAGGACCAGGGGCAGGCAUACUGGCAGUCAACGGUAAAGCUGAGUGCUCACGCUGCUCGUCUCAAAGCAACGAUGGUAGCAGCGAGUAUUCCGGGGACGAUCCAGUCAGAAAGAGACCACGGCUGCAGGCUCAGAGGAAGUUUGCCCAGUCUCAGCCCAGCUCCCCCAGUGCCACACCGAUCAAGCUGUCUGAGACCCUCUUGCCCCCCAGCCCCACCUCUCCCCUCAGCGACCUCACCAGACGCAAGCCCAAGACCGAGGACUUCCUCACCUUCCUCUGUUUACGAGGCUCGGCUGCGUUGCCAGGCAACAUGGCAUACUUUGGGAGUGCCCAGGAUGAUGUGGAUCUGGAGGACGAAGAUGAUGAAGAGGAGGAGUGUGACGACAGGAUGUCAGCUCACAGCCACAACUCAACUUCCUGUCCGUCCUCACAGCGGAAAAACAAAACAACGCCGGGGAAGAAGGUCUCCAAUGGACAUGUGUUGAAUGGCCACAGCAGGUCCUUACGGGGGAAGGAGCUCUUCCUGAGGCCCAGAGGGAGAGAGGCUAUCCAGGCCAGAGAGAGGGCUGAGCGGGGAGAGGCCCGGAGGGAGAACCACAGGACCUCUACAGGACGCCCAGCCAGGACCUCCAGCACCACCCACAGUCUUCGCCACAGCAGGCCCAACAAGGAGCACCCAAAGCAGGUUUCAAAAGUGAACAGGCUGUCGCGGGUAUCGUCAGCUACCGUACGCAACUCCUGUGCCAAAAAGCCGCCGGCCUCCCGACCACUGCUGUCCAGAACUGUGAAGUCCACAGCCACAGCGCUUCCCAGGGGCCACGUCCGCUACACCAAAGCCAGACUUCUCAAAGAGGCCAAACUCACCGUGGGCAAAAGAGCCUCCUCCAAAGCUCGCCAACCCCUGAAGAACCAACGGCGCUCUGCCUGUGGCAGUGCCCGCCGCCACCCACGCCCACCACACUCCAACUCAGGAAAACUCUCAAGUGGCGAUGCAAAGACUCCCAACAAACAGAAGGUACAAUCCAACAAGGCAGCCGGCAGGUGUUGCCUACAACGAGUCAACGGGCAGCUUCACCCACGCCGAUGUGGCGGUAAGCAGGUACUGCAGGGGCGUGAGGGCGUCAGACACUCCAAGCGACGUCUGGGGCUCCCGGCUGAGGAGAGUCCAACAGAGACACCGGAGUCUUCGCCGGAGGUCAAAAAGGUUAGACUGCAGGUCAAUGCCCCGGAGACGCGAAGCAGCAGGAAGGUCAAUGUCCAGGAGAAGGCUGUGGCGGGGUCCGGCAGCCAUCUUGGUAAGGUCACGUCAUCCCGACCUUCCUCCUCGGAGCAAAGACCCAAACGAGCCUCCGCUGGCAAGCUGAUGUUGACCCGACAAGCACAGCCCAUACCCCCUACUGCUAAUACUACUACUACUGCUAAUACUACACCACCAGCUAAGAACACUACUUCUAAGAAAACUUUCCAGGGCACUUCCAAGAACACUUCCCAUGUCACUUCCAAGGGCACUUCCACCUCCACUUCCACUAGCUCAGCAGCCAAGGUGAAACCAGGCACCAGCAGCCCAGCUAAACCAGCAGCAGAGCCUAAAGCAGCAGAGAGGCAGCGGGAGAGUGGGGAGAAGAGAGGUGCAGCACCACCCCCUCCCCCGCCCCUAACCGAGGUGCCAGUGUUCAGACCCAGUCUGGAGGAGUUCCACGACCCUCUGGUGUAUGUGGAAGCGGUGCGCGGGCAGGCAGAGAGCUAUGGGCUGUGCAGGGUGGCUCCUCCUCAGGACUGGAGGCCAGAGUGCAAGCUGAAAGAGGACAUGAGGUUUGUGACCCAGGUGCAGCACAUCCAUAAGCUGGGUCGGCGCUGGGGGCCCAAUGUACUCCGGCUGGCCUGCAUCAGGAAACACCUCCAGGCCCAGGGCAUCUCCAUGGAGGACCCCCCGCUCAUAGGCGGAUGUGAGUUGGACCUGGCCCGGUUCUUUCAGCUCAUCAACGACAUGGGCGGCAUGCAGCAGGUCAGCGACAUGAAGAAAUGGAAUAAGCUAGCCGACCAGCUCCGUAUCCCCAAGACUGCACAGGAUCGUCUGGCCAAGCUGCAGGAGGCCUAUUGUCAGUACCUACUGUCCUACGACUCCCUGGACCCCGCUGAGCGCAUCCGCCUGGAGAGGGAGGUGCUGGAGGAGAAGGGGAGGCUGGAGAAGAAGAGAGGGCCCCUGGAGGGCCACUCAGAUGACUCCCAACAGAGCCUGCUCCAGCUGCCCCGCUGUGAGCCCAAGAAUGGCCUGGUAAACGGGGUGAUCCGGAGGAACGGCCUGCCCAGGAACCUGGAGGAAGGAGCGAAAGAGGGGAAGAAACAGGAGAAGGACAUGUGGCUGAGGUCCAGCAGGAGGAGACUGUUCUCUCAGGAGAAGAAAGGAGGAAGAGGAGGAGCAGAGGAGGAGAAAGAGUUUCUUAGCGACCAGCACAAGUGUAUAUACAGGGGGAAGUCGGUUUCUCUCACUACGUUCUACAGGACAGCCAGGAACACUAUGAACAUGUGUUUCAAUAAGGAGCCUGGGACGGCUGAGGUGGAGCAGGAGUACUGGAACAUCGUGGAGCAGAGGGAAUGUCAUGUUGCCGUGCACUGUGGGAAAGUGGACACUAAAACUCAUGGGAGUGGCUUCCCAGUUGGAAAGUCUGAGACGUUUUCAAAACAUGGAUGGAACCUUACAAUCCUUCCCAAUAAUUCAGGAUCCAUCCUACGCCAUCUUGGUGCUGUGCCAGGAGUCACCAUUCCUUGGCUGAACAUCGGCAUGGUCUUCUCUACCUCAUGCUGGUCGCGAGACCAUCACCGCCUUCCAUACAUUGACUACUUACACACGGGUGCUGACUGCAUUUGGUACUGUAUUCCUGCUGAGGAGAAGGUGAAGCUGGACAAGGUGGUUCACACACUACUGCAGGCUAAUGGAACCCCAGGACUGGAGAUGUUGGAGAACAACAUCAUGAUCUCUCCGGAGGUGCUGUGUCGAGCGGGGGUCAAAGUGCACCGGACCGUCCAGCAGAGUGGCCAGUUCGUCGUCUGUUUCCCGGCGGCGUUCGUCUCCAAGGUGUGCUGCGGCUACAGCGUCUCCGAGACAGUGCACUUCGCCACCCCCCAGUGGCUGAACACGGGAUACCAGGCUGCCAAGGAGCUGAAAUGUCGACGCAUAGAGAGGUCCUUCUCCAUGGAGAAGUUGCUGUACCAGAUCGCAAUGUCAGAAUCCAAACGGGAGAAUGGUGUCAUUCUGAGUACCAUGACCUCACUUCUCAAAGACCUCAGGGAUACAGAGUUGAGACAGCGCAGGGAUCUGUUUGACGCCGGGCUGCGGUCUGUUGCCCGCUACUGUAGCCAUGACAACCAGGCCUCGUCAGAGAGCAGGAGGAUCCAGCGCCAGUGGCUGAGGCUCGACCCCUCAGACCGACGCUGCCAAGUGUGCCAACACCUCUGCUACCUCUCCAUGGUGGUUCAGGAGAGUGAGAACGUGGUGUUCUGUCUGGAGUGUGUCCUGCUGUACGUACAGAAACACAAGUCCUGCCGAGGCCUCAAAAUGAUGUACCGUUACGACGAGGACCAAAUCAACCAUCUGGUGAGCAGGGUGUGUGGGAGAGUGCUGGAGAAGAGCGGCGCUAUGAAGAGGAGAGGGACGAGAGGACUUCAGGGCCCCGGUGAGGCGUCCACCCCGGCCAAACGCAGCGCCCGAAACAGAACCUCCAUCACUGUGUCCCUCACCCGCCUCCCCUCCUCCACCCUGCCCAAGACCGCCCUCAGCUCUAAAUAACUCACAUCAUGGGCCGCGUUCCAUUACUUCACAUCCUUCCUUCCUGGGUUCUUUGAGGUAAACACAGAUGUACAAGUGGUUAGGUUAUUACCACCCAAUUACUGUCACCAAUCCAACCGAUUCACAUCUGUGAUUACUUCAAAGGAAGGAAGGAAGGUAGGAAGGAAGGACUUCUGAAGUGUUCCAACAGGACCAGUGCUUCACUACGGUACAUUUCUCUCUGCUCAGUGUGGAGAAUGUGCUCCUUAAACCACGGCUUUUGCACUAGAGUAAAAAAAAAACAUGUUUUUAAGAGGCAUUAAUGGCUGGGUUCAGUUCCGUAUCGGAGGAUCCGCUUAACAGCUCAAUUGAAAUUUGAAGGCAACGUUCCCGCGUAUCUCAGCUCAAUUGGAAAUUAGCUUUAAAAAAUGUUAGCGCGGAUCUUCAGCCGUAUGGAUGGAAACCCAGCCCUUCGUCCAAUACUGUAUAUUGUAUCUAGAUAUCACAAUAUCCUCCUAGCUACACCUACUGUUAUUACCUACAGACUUCACUUCCCUGGUGCUACAUCUUGGUGCUCAAUUUAUACUGUCAUUGGUGUAGUAGUAGUAAUAAUAAUGAUCAUUUCUCCUUUUGCUCAAAGCCAUUGGACUGCAUCCUGAACUGUGAACACGUUUGUAGAACUUGUUACCAAUAAGUGGAUUCUACACACAGUUUUGCGUUUAGACUCCAACCAGUAAUAAGGCUCUUCAGGGGUUUGUAAUACAUGCAUUACGAUACAAAGAUUUUUCCAGCGGAGCGCAAAAAGUGGGUUGUUGUUUAUUAGUGCUAAACGUAGCAAAACGUUUUUGCAAACAGAAAAAAAAAAACAAGCGUUCCUUAUUGGACAUGUUCAGGUAGUCCCUCCUCGUUUUGGCCCUUUUGCUUCCGUUUGGUUCCUAGUGAAUACGACCCUGGCCUCAGUAUUAAACAGGGCCCCUUCUCAGAUCAUUGAUGUUAUAAUUAUUUAGAGAAUUGGCCAAGAGUGGAACGGUAAUCAUGGGCUUCACACCGCUCAUCUGACCAUUUUGGUGUGAAACACUGUGCCUAAAAAAAAAAAAUGCAUACUAAUCAUUUUUAAUCACUCCUGGUGCCGAUAGUUUUUGUUUUGUGACCAAGUUAUCCACUCUAGACCCUUACAGGCUCUUGACCUGCAACUCUUGGGUCUGCGGCACUGCGUUCCAAAUGGCAGCCUAUCCCCUAUUUAGAGCACUAAUUUUGACCCGAGCCCCAAGGGCACUAUAUAAGGAAUAGGGUGCCAUUUGGGAGAGUCACAGUCCAGGUGUUUUAUCAAAGAACAAAAAGUGAAAACCACAACAGCAUUGUACAUAUAAAACAUUGUCAAUGUCUAAAGAUACAUGUACCUGAGCCUUUUAAGGAAUGGAAUGCAGUGUUUUGGAGUAGGGGAUUUAUGAAGAAAAAGCCUUACCCCCCCCCCCCCCACUCCACCACCACCAGUUACUUCAUCUGUGGCCCCGUAUACACUCAACGGUUGUGAUACAAAAAAACAUCUAGAAUUACACAAGCGUUGUGGAGACAGUGAAAUGGUUGUGUAAACAUUUUUUUGUGCAGACAAAAAAAUAUAUAUAUAUUGUAUCACAACUCUUGUGUCAACUGUGUUGGACAUUAGUUGUAUGGGGCCAGGGUUGCCCUGGUAACACGUAUGGAGAAGUGCUGCAUAGUUUGAAUCCCUUCGUUUUUUUUUUACCUAAACUUUGUUUUUACGAAAAGGGAAAAUAAGUAGAAGAAUAAUAAAAAUGGUAAAAUCUACUAUGUACAGAAGGAGUAACUCCUGUUGUUGCACUCCAGCCUCGCGACAGGAGUCCUUUAAAAUCAGCUUGUUGAGACCCCUUACAAAAACAAUCCAUUUUCAAAGUUCACGUAUAUACAGAGUUGGAUGUUUUUUUAAAAAGCGUGCUUAAUGUUUUUUUUUUUUUUUUUACAACAGGCUCAUUACAGCCGACCGUCUCAUUUCUUAUCUCGGAUUCUGUUUUCCUUCCAUGCUGAUUCAAGUUGGACAAUGACCGAUUUAUUUUCUAUUGUAUUUGUUAGUACCCAUUAAGGUUUGAAUAAAAAGGUUUGACAGUGUC